CUCACAAUAAUUUCAAACAGCAUCAAAAAAUCGAUAUAGCAGAACGAAAUUCUUGAUGUGAAAAUAUAUUUUCCGCGCGUAGGUUGUGCACGAAAAUGUCGGACGAGGAAGAAGAAUCAAUGUCUGAAGGAUUUUCAGCCAGCGAGGAUGAAUGGAAGCCAACAAAAGAUGUACGUGGUGGAGAAUCAUCUGAUGAUGAUGAUAGCGAUUUCGAAGAGCUGCGUCAAACUGUAGGCGCGCAAAAUAUCAGUGGUUCUAGUGCUGUUGGAAGAAGAAAGGGGACAACGGCUGCUAAAGCUGCCGUUAAGCAAACUGCCAUUAAGAAACGCAAAGCCGCUGGUCAAUCAUUGCGCACUAAACUCUACAACAAAUAUCGGCCACCACCAAAAACAUUUCCAUCGCCCAAUAGUGCUGGCAGUAAUUCACCAUCGGCGUCAACAUCACGAACGGCUUCAAAAAACGCCCCAAUGCCCAAUGAAAGUGGCGAACCUGGCAUCGACUUCAGCAGCGAAUCAAGCGUCGAAGAUUAUCUGGUAAAUCCGGAGGAUAUCGAUUUUCAAUCUAGCUUCUUCAACGUACAACGUAUAGACAAAGAAAAAUCCACUUCACCAGUGCCCGUUUUCGAUUGCAAUGCGGGUAUAGCGAAACUCUCUGAUUCGGGUUCAGAAGAUAACAACGAAUCUAGUGCCGAUGAGCAGGCAAAUGGAAAGUCAUUUGAUUUUGCAAAUUUGUUGGAUAAUGUUAAUAGUCUGGAGCGUGCCAAGGAAACCAUAGCGCAACGUGCUGCUGUAACCAAACAGCAAGACACCAAAACAACAAGUGAAAAUGUGAAUGCAAACGCUAUGGAUGUCAACUCGCUACUUGCAUUGGGCGAAAAGCAAGGUAAUACUGCCUUGCGUAGUGUUAAAUCGAAGGAUGAUGGCGAAGAGGAGGACGAUGAAUGUGAAAUUGAACGUGCACCGUCUAAACUAAACAAAACAAAGUCGACACGCGUUAAACGGCAUACCAAAACGAGACCAGCUUCAACGGUUGUGGUCGGAGAUACUGAUGAUUCGGACUUUGAAGAAGUGGCAGGUAGGAAACGCAAAUAGUGGACUGUGAGUGGUAGAAUGCUACUAAAAAAAUGUCUAAAAUGCGCUUCCAAUUGUUCAAAUGAGACUGUGUGUAGGUUUGUGCGUACAUUAUGCGUUCUUAACUUUUUUCGAUUUUAACAUAAUGGUUCAUGUACACAUACUUAAACGGUAAUUUGAAGUAUAUAAAUAAUAAACGAAUUUGAAAAAAACAAAAAAAAUAGACGUAAAAACGCCAGUCAGUUUUUUUAGAUAUAUUUUAAAACAGUAAAUAAGCAGUUGACACAUAUUGGUUUUACAAUUUAAAAUUAAAAAAAAAAAUUUACUUUUUAUUCAAUUUGCAUAACCAAGUGGGUGUUUACGUUAAUAAAUAGUAUACGGUGUGUUUUCACGGCAUUAAUAUAUACUUUUUAUAUUUAAAUAAAUGUCUUUUCAAGCCCACUUUUGUCGCAGCAUCGGUUUAAGCAAUAGCAAAAUUAGAAAAUAUUCAAUACCCAAGUACCUAAACCACUGUAUGUAUCUGUCUUCGUGCUGGUGAGGCAUGGUUACAUAUUGUCAAAAGAGUGUAAUAAUUAAAAGUAUAUAUAAAGUAAAGUAUUAUAGCUAGUAAUGCAAUUAAAUAUUUCGAAAUCAUAUUACUGUAGUUAGAAUUGUUCUUAAAUUUAAAGUAUUGAUAGUGGUGAAAUUCGAUCGAACAAUAGAUAUAUAUUCAGAUAACACGCUCAGUUUAUCUAUAACAGUCUUUAUCAUUUGCAAUUUGAAGCGCUUUUAUAUUCGUAUGUAUUAGUGGUUACACUAAUCUAUUCAUACAAUUAAAGGGAGCAUGGUUUCUAAGUGACUGAAGAGAAACCAUUUUAGCUCUAAAUUCAAAAAAAUAUAAAAUUAACAGCAUAAAAUCAUCGGUGUGUCAAAUAUUCAUACAAAUAUACAAACAUAACUAACUUCCUAUUUACAAUUUAAUAGAAAUAGAUAACUGCACGUCAUAUUUUAAAUGAAAAUAAACCAGAAAUAUGUUAUCGAGCAGCUUUAGCAGCAUUAAAAACUCUAAAAGUCUGCUAACAAUUAUUGCAUUUAUAGUUUUAUUUCCACUUUAAAGUAAAUUUGGUAAUGAAAAAUUUAGUUUAAUGUCGGAUUUUAAAGUAUAGGAACGGUUUUAUCCUAUAUUAAGUGAAAGCA